GACCACCACACCUGACGGCGUCGUUUCGUAUUGUAAACAAUCACCAGCUCUGCAAAUUGCAUCGCAACUCUCCUUCUUCUUCUGCCUCCUCUUGCUCUGCAAGUCGCUCCAUCUCCAUCUUCAAACGGUGUCGUAUCGACUCAAUUCUGAAGAAGUAAACAGUAAUGGGGAAACAGAAAGGAGAUGCAGCUAGGAGCAAGGCACGCCCUUCAAGCAGCAGUCUGGCGGCGUCGCUGGUGCCGUCGGGUUCUACUGCCACGGUGGGCUUCGGUGGCUACGUCGGCGGUUCUCGCCUCGAGGCUUCCCUCCCCAGCGAAGAUUCUACGCCCUAUGUGGAUGUAGAUAGUGAAUUGGCUCUACAUUUGAAGAGACUUGCAAGGAAAGAUCCGACCACCAAGCUUAAAGCUUUGGCAUCUCUAUCCGCACUGCUCAAGGAAAAGUCCACGAUGGACAUAAUACCAAUCAUUCCGCAAUGGGCAUUUGAAUACAAAAAGCUUGUGGUGGACUACAAUAGGGAUGUUCGGCGAGCAACUCAUGACACGAUGAACAAUCUUGUCACUGCUGUUGGGAGAGAUUUAGCUCCACAUCUAAAGUCUCUGAUGGGACCAUGGUGGUUUUCUCAAUUCGACCGACUUUCUGAAGUUGCUCAAGCUGCAAAGCGCUCAUUACAGGCAGCUUUUCCAGCUCAGGAAAAGAGACUCGAUGCUUUAAUUUUAUGCACAGCAGAGGUUUUUACCUAUUUGGAAGAAAAUCUGAGGCUUACGCCGCAAAGUAUGUCUGAAAAAGCAACUGCUGUUGAUGAAUUAGAAGAGAUGCAUCAGCAGGUGAUAUCUUCUUCACUUCUGGCAUUGGCUACACUUCUUGAUGUCUUGGUUUGCAAACAAGAAGGAAGACCAGACUCUGAGAAGAUAAAUGCUCCACCAAAACAUGCUUUGAAAGCUAGGGAAACAGCUAUUUCUUUUGCUGAAAACUUGUUCACUGUUCAUAAAUAUUUUGUAGACUUCUUGAAAUCUCCGAUUUCUGCUAUCCGUUCAGCCACAUAUUCUGUAUUAAGUAGUUUCAUUAGAAACAUUCCUCAUGCCUUUAGUGAAGGAAACAUGAAAACUCUUGCUGCUGCAGUAUUUGGUGCAUUUCAGGAGACGGAUCCUGCUUGUCAUUCAUCAAUGUGGGAUGCAGUUUUGCUAUUUUCUAAAAGGUUUCCUGACAGUUGGACUUCUAUUAAUGUACAGAAAGUAGUACUAAAUCGAUUCUGGAAUUUUCUUAGAAAUGGGUGCUUUGGAUCUCAGCAGAUUUCUUAUCCAGCUUUACUACCUUUUUUAGACACUGUGCCAUCUAAAGCAGUAGUGGGAGAAACUUUUUUGCUUGAAUUUUUCCAGAACCUGUGGGCAGGAAGGAAUCCAUCUCAUUCCUUAAAUGCAGAUAGAUUAGCAUUUCUUGGGGCUUUUAAAGACUGCUUGCUUUGGGGAUUCCGUAAUGCAUCAAGAUAUUGUGACAAAGUGGAUUCCAUCUCUCCUUUUCAAGUAAAUCUUGUCAAAAAUGUUCUGGUAAAGCUGUUGUGGCGAGAUUACCUUUUUGCUAGUAGCUCAAAACAUAAGGAGAAAACCUUAUCCAGAUUAUCAGCAGAUUCAUGUGAAAGUGGUUUGAUUUCCAACGAGAAGACUGUGGGAACAUUGAAUAUUAUGUACCCAAUGAGCUACUUGAGAGAGUUGGGGAACUGCAUUGUUGGGAUUCUUUCAGGCAUUUAUUCGCUCCAGCAUGAUUUGCUCUCAGCUUUCUCCGCAGAAUUUGACGAGAAUUGUCUGGGUUUGUUUAAUGAUGAUGGUAAAUUGGGAACAGACAGUGAGCUUGCAGAACGAAUUAUUCAAUUUAUAUCAUUACUUGGAGAACAUGCAAUGCAGAAAGGUCAAAGUUGGCCUUUGGGUUGUUUAGUUGGACCAAUGUUAUCUAAGUCAUUCCCAUUGAUGAGAUCACAUGAUUCACCUAAUUGUGUGAAGAUUCUAUCAGUUGCUGUUUCUGUAUUUGGACCACGCAAGAUAGUCCAAAAGCUUCUUAUCCAAAAGAAUCUUUCUUGGGAGCAUUCUAUUGAUAGGGGGGAUAAAGAAACAGAGGCAGAUCUAUUCAUGCAAAUAUUCAAGGAGAAAUUUGUUCCGUGGUGUUUGCAUGGGAAUAGCUGCUCCUUAAGUGCUCGGCUUGAUUUGUUAUUUUCAUUGUUUGAUGAUGAAUAUUUCUCUGAGCAAUGGGAUAUUGUUAUCAGAUAUGUGACUGCUCUGGAACAUUCUGGAUGUGCAACUUCUUUAGACUCUGACCACAUAACCAUAUUGUCAAUGCUCUUAGAGAAAGCAAGAGAUCGAAUUGCAAGCACUAAAGAAGGAGAAGUAUCCAUGGGCAACCCAGAAAACUGGCAUCAUGAGCUUCUAGAGUCAGCUGCUGUUUCUGUUGCUCGUUCCCCACCUUCCGGAACUUGUAAUUCUCAGUUUUUGUGCACUAUUGUCGGUGGUUCAACAAAAAGCAAUCAAACAUCUUUUGUGUCAAGAAAUACGUUGAUCCUGAUAUUUGAGGAGGUAUUCAAGAAGUUGCUUUCUUUUAUUCUGGCAUCCUCCUUUACUUGGGUUAGGAAUGCAGGUCCUCUAUUGACCGCUGUGGAAAACUGUAUUGGGCCAGAAUAUGAAAGUUCCGUCACCAUGUUUGAGAUGGCUCAGUUUGCUCUUGGAGUACUUGAUGGCACCUUGUUUUCCUUGAAGAAACUUGGUGAAGAAAGUGGGCUGGUUCCAGUUAUCUUAUCCGCAGUUUUUAUAAUUGAUUGGGAGUUUCUGUUAAUAUUAACAACAAUAGAAGAUGCCCCUCAUGAUGAAUCAAAGGAAAAAUUGAAGGCCAGGCUGGGAUUUGGUGAAUCUUUUCAUGCUUUUCGAUGUAAGAUAAGUAAUCAGUUCUGGAAAAGCCUUAGCUUACACAAUCGGCAGGCAUUGGGGAAUAUUUUGAUUCAGAGUAUGAGAUCUGCCAUAUUUAUUGAAGAUAAACUAGACACAGAAAAAUUCACAUCUUUGUGUUGCUUGUGGAUGCUUGAAGUUCUUGAUUGUGUCUCUCAGGAUCAGUAUGAGGAGCAAAAUCUGUUAGACCAACUUCUUUGCAAGGGUGAUAGCUGGCCUUUGUGGAUUGUUCCCGAUUUUAGUAGCCCAGAGGGAUUAGUGCUAAAAAAUUCAUCUGCUGAUGUCCAGGACUUUGGCCAUCGCAAGUUUGUUUCAUUUAUUUACAAGAUCAUCUCAGAAGUUGGGAUUGAUAGAGUUGUUGCUGGUCAUGUAAAACAUAGUCUCCCUCCCUCCCAGGGAACAACAAAUGAAGGGCUUACUCGAUCUUGGCUUGCUUGUGAAAUAUUAUGCACAUGGAGGUGGCCAGGAGGAAGUGCUGUUUCUUCGUUCUUACCUUCCUUGAGUGCAUAUGCGAAGAGUAGAAAUUUCUCUUCUCAGGAGAGCUUGUUAGAUUUUAUUUUCAACAUUUUACUUGAUGGAGCACUUAUUCAUGGAGGAUGUGAUGCACAGAGUUUUGUCUAUCUAUGGCCUACUUCAAAUGAUGAAGUGGAGGAUAUUGAAGAACCCUUUUUGAGAGCUCUUGUAGCUGUACUUUUCACUCUGUUUAAUGAUAAUAUAUGGGAAAGAGAGAAAGCUGUGAUGCUGUUGGAACUGCUUGUGAAUAAGCUUUGUGUUGGUGAAGCAAUAAAUGCAAACUGUUUGAGGAUUCUUCCUCUGAUUGUUAAUGUUCUUAUUCGGCCAUUAAGUCAAAGAAGCAUCAAACCUAACGAUGAAGAGACACAGCCUGAUUCUUCUGGGGAAAAUCGUGUACAGGAUGUUAUUGAAGGCUGGCUUCAGAAAGCCAUAUCAUUUCCACCUUUGAUCACAUGGCAAACAGGACAAGAUAUGGAAGAUUGGCUUCAGUUGGUUAUAGCUUGUUAUCCCUUUAGUACACUGGGGGACAUACAAACACCAAAGCUGGAGAGAAAUGUCAGCUCUGCAGAGAGAACACUCCUACUUGAAUUAUUUCGGAAGCAGAGAGGUCCUGGCACAUCAACUGUAAUUAAUCAGCUUCCAGUUGUGCAGACUUUACUAUCUCGGCUAAUGGUUAUUUCAGUUGGUUAUUGUUGGAAGGAGUUUAAUGAAGAAGACUGGGAGUUUGUGUUAUCUCAGUUAAGGCGUUGGAUUCAGUCAGCUGUUGUAAUGAUGGAGGAAAUUGCUGAAAAUAUUAAUGACAUUAUCACAAGCCGCCUUCCUUCUGAUAAUCUCGAUGCUGUCCUUAAUAAGCUUGGGAAAAUUGUCUAUAUUUCAGAUUCCUUUACUAUAGACAUUGCGAAGAAUGCCCUUUUAUCAUUUUCUCUCUGUUGUGGACCUUUUGGUCUCCAGCAAGCAGAAGAUGCAGAUAACAUAAACCCCUUGAGAACAGAAAGAUGGGACCCCAUCAAAGAUCGAAUUUUAGAAGGUAUACUUAGAUUGUUCUUUUGCACCGGCAUUGCAGAGGCCAUCGCACGCUCCUGUUGUGAUGAGGCUGCAUCUCUCAUUUCAUCAUCCCGAUCUGAACAUUCGCAUUUUUGGGAGUUGGUGGCCUCAAAUGUUGUCAACUCAUCGACAAACGCUAGAGACAGAGCAGUGAAGUCAAUAGAAUUUUGGGGGCUCAGCAAAGGAGCCAUUAGCGCUUUGUAUGCAAUCCUUUUUUCUUCGAAACCCGUUCCUUUGUUGCAGUUUGCCGCUUAUUCUAUUAUUUCAUCGGAACCUGUAUUACAGUUGGCUAUUGUUGAAGACAAAGCUUCUUUAGACAGUGUCACUAAUGGCGAAGAGGAUUCAUCCCCUCUUGAUAUAUCAACAGAAACAAGCAUCCAUUUAAAAGAGGAAAUAUCUUGCAUGAUUGAAAAGCUACCAUAUAAGGUUCUUGAAAUGGACCUGGUGGCAGAGCAGAGGGUACAUGUCUUCCUUGCAUGGUCUUUGUUGCUAUCUCAUUUAUGGUCAUUACCAUCCUCAUCACCUGCAAGGGAGAGACUCGUCCAGUAUAUACAAGAUUCUGCUAGUUCGGUGAUUCUAGAUUGCCUUUUCCAGCAUAUUCCUCUAGAACUGUGCAUGGCACCUAUUCUUAAGAAGAAAGAUACGGCGCUUCCUGCUGGUAUAGCAGAAGCUGCAGCUGCAGCAACACACGCCAUCAAAACUGGUUCAGUAUUGUUUUCUGUACAAUCUCUGUGGCCUGUUGAACCUGUGAAAAUAGCUUCGCUUUCUGGAGCAAUGUUUGGUUUGAUGCUCCGCAUCCUUCCUGCUUAUGUAAGACAGUGGUUCAGUGAUUUACGUGAUCGUUCUACAUCCUCUGCAAUUGAAUCCUUCACAAGAUCAUGGUGCAGCCCACCUCUCAUCACAAACGAAUUAAGCCUGAUUAAAAAGGAUGAAAUAACUGAUGAGAAUUUUUCGAUUAUCGUAAGCAAGUCAGCAAAUGAGGUUGUUGCUACCUAUACAAAGGAUGAGACUGGACUGGACCUUGUUAUCCGUCUUCCUUCAUCUUACCCGUUACGACCAGUCGAUGUUGAUUGUCGGAGGAGCCUAGGUAUUAGUGAAGUGAAGCAGAGAAAAUGGUUGAUGUCUAUGGCGUCUUUCGUUCGUAAUCAGAAUGGAGCUUUAUCAGAAGCUAUCAAGAUAUGGAAGCGCAACUUUGACAAAGAAUUCGAAGGCGUGGAGGAGUGCCCUAUUUGUUACAGCGUCAUCCAUACCGCAAACCACAGCCUUCCUCGCCUUGCCUGCAAGACCUGCAAGCACAAGUUCCAUUCCGCUUGCCUCUUCAAGUGGUUCUCAACUUCUCACAAAUCAACUUGCCCGUUGUGCCAGUCUCCAUUCUGAUAUCGCACAAAAAUUAAACGUUUAUCCGGUCGGUAUAAGUACCGGUGGUUGGCUUUUGAUUGUGAUCGGAGAAUGUGAAUUCUACCUUAUGAGCUCCCUCCAUGCCGAGUGCAGCCAAGUUAUGAAUUUUUGAAUGCUACAUCUUAGUUGUGUAAUUAGAAUCUUGGUUUUUCAUUAACCCGACACUCCUUUUCGAUUAUAUAUGCUUAGAGCUUUUAGGUUAUAAUUAUUUCUCAGUAGUUUCUAAUGACGAACGUGACCCGAAUCUUGCUUCACCUUGGAUGUUAGAGCAAUCUAUAAGGGCUUGUAUAUUCACAGUAACUAAGUGCACACCCUAAUUAAGUUCUUGCAAGAUUUCUGCUUUAA